AUGAAUCUACUAGUCUGCCGCUACGCCAUUCGUCCCGGCAUGCCGAGUCCAAUUCUCGACCUAGAAGUAGCGAACGCUGUGGCUGAUGGUAAUGUAUACAGAUUAUUUCCCGAUAACUCUGACGUUCUUGAUAAAAACAACGGCAUGAUGAUGGGUUCGCUUGUCGAAGUGGAUGAGCUUGAGAUCACGGUGAUUGUUGACAAUGAGGUUGAUGUGAUGUCUGCCAUUUCAUCCGGCACAGUGGAAGACACUCGACGUUUUCCUGACAUUGCUACUGGAGAAUCGAAAGUGAUGCAAGUCGGCGAAUUGUCAUUGAAUGUCAUGCCUAUGGAGAGUAUCUGUUGUGGUGCCCAUGGUCUUUCGGUCCUAGUUACUGCCAAUAGAGGAGGAAUCAAACGCUCUUUACUCUUUGACACAGGCCCCGAAGAAGCUGUAUGGGCUGAAAAUGCGAAAAGACUCGGUAUUGAUUUUGGUUCCAUAGACUUGAUCCAACUCUCUCAUUGGCAUCGAGAUCAUUCGGGUGGCAUGUUAAAAGCUGUCCAAAUGAUAAGCAAAGCGAAGGAAUCAGCUUCUGAGUCGCUUUCACCAGUUAUUGUAGAUCUUCACCCCGAUCGACCAGAGUAUCGAGGCUUCAUGAUAAAAGGCCAGCCAAUUUCAUUCCCAGCUGAUCCAAGUUUUGCUGAGGUCAGAGCUGCUGGUGGUGCUGUUAUGAAGAGCGCCGCUGCUCAUACGGUACUGGACGAUAUGUUUUUGAUUUCAGGAUUUAUCGAGUCAAGCAAUGAUUAUGAGAAUGGGUUGAGAGGUGGAAUUCGCAUUAGCAGUAUAGAGAAGGGCUGGGAGAAGGAUGAAGAAAUGGCUGAUGAGAGAUUUCUCAUGUGCAACGUGAAAGGAAAAGGUAUUGUGAUGUUUACCGGAUGUAGCCAUCGAGGUGUUGUAAAUGCCUCCAGAAAUGCUGUAGAUUCACUUGGAGGUUCUGUUCCAUUAUAUGCUGUCCUUGGAGGGUAUCAUCUUGUCGGGAAUACCCAAUUACAAGUUGAAGAAACCAUCAAGGAUCUCAAGGCUUUGGACCCUAAGAUACUUCUCCCAGGUCAUUGUUCUGGAUGGCGAGCAAAAUAUGAAAUCGAAAAGCAAAUGCCAGGACGUUUGGUUCCUUGUACAGUUGGAAGCAAGAUCCGAAUUUAG